AAUAUUGGUACAUGUACUACAUGUAGUAGUGCAUUUCUGUUUCGAGGAGGAUCAGUCAAACGAAGAAAGAGCUAGCUGGAGGCCGGCCUGUGUACUAGUGUAGUUUUGGAGACCACUACUUGCGUCAUUCCUUGCUAGUUUCUUGUCUCCGAUGGUUCUGAGUUCUGGUAGACCGCAUGCGUUCCGAAGUUCCUGUGUUGGGUUCCCUUGUGCGGGAUUGUUCAGCACACUGCAAAGUACGUCGCAUCCUUUGCUGCGUCGCUGCACUCGUGUCACGGCUCAGCUGCGCGGCUUCAUCGCCAACGCAGUUCUCGUUCGAAGUCCAGGGUUCCACGGCCUGACGCAAACAUGAACGGGCCAUUUCAGAAACUCGCAUCGUCGAUAUCGGUUCCAGAAGUGCUCAUCGAGGAAUGCAUUUUGGAAGGAAAGGGACGAGAGGAGGAAUUCUUCGUCACUCAGCAAGCAUUUCAGGACUCUAUUCCCAUAAUGCGUGGCGGUGGUGCCGGUGCGGAGGAGAGUGUUCUUGCGGACAGAGGCAUGUCGGGCCAAGGCGGUGCAGGUGUUGACUGGCAAACGACGCUACCGGUGGACACGGCACACACGUGUGUUUCCGUAAUGGGUGUGUGCAGUUUCAACCUACCUCGUAGCGAUGGGACGCCAGCAAAGGGAGUGGGGAAGUCUUGCCUGUCCAGUCGCUUCGUGCAUCCAGCUCAUGACGAGUACUGGACUAUCACGGAAGACCACCAGUCAAUCGUCAGCGAACAAGAGUUUCAGGAGACUGAGCACUGUGGAAAGCAUUCCAUAUACUACGGUAGCGUGGUGAAGAAAGUACCUCCCAGGCGAACAUCACCAACUCACGCGGGCGGAGCACGUGAAGAUGGCACAAAGAGGAGCGAAAAGGCCGAAACGGCCGUGUUUCACAUUGUUGAGCACACAACUCUGGUUGAUCCAGAUAGCCAGCUGCCGCACUAUGGUGGUGAGACGGGCACAUACGUGACCAGGGCCACAUCUCCCAGUCUGCCGUGCAUACGCCAACAUGCUUACCUGGGCAAGAGACUAGCAGGCCUGCAGCUGGAGAAACGCGAGAGACUGCCGCCGAUUUUCAACGGCCUGCGCGCGUACGUCAGCGGUUACCUUCUGGUUCUGGACGUGUCACGGUGUGUGGAGGAAAUCCAACAGCAGCUUAGUAUGUUGCUCGACAUGCUGCUAAGCAUUCGAACACAACGGCUGCCGCAUCGAGUGGCUCUGGUGCUGACUAAAUGCGACGCAGUGUCCACGCAGAGGCUGGCCGAAAUCAAAUCCACCAUCACGGGACCACUGUCGUCGGUUGUCACGUUUGAAGUGUCGGCGCGGAAAGGCGUCGGCGUGGACGCGCCGUUCUUCUACGUGUUCCACUCUGCGCGCAGUCCCACCUGCCUGGACCCUACCGAGUGGCAGGUGCCGUACGAGAUGUCGGCUGAAGCUCGCCGUCUGAUCUCGCAGCACCACAAGCAGCGCCUAUGCCGAAUGCUGGCUGAGACCGUGUCGUCGUUUCAAGUCACCUACGACACGUUGCUGCAGAUCACCAGGGAGUGUGGCAGCAGGACAGAUGCCGCGCAUGCAGAGCAGAUCAUCGCCGUCGUGCUAUUCCUGAUGGGCAAGAAGCAAUGCAAGGAGCUGCUCCGAGACCGACUUGUGCAGGUCAAGGCUGCUGAACUUCUUGAAGACUACAAGACACAGCUUCAGCGUGCUCUGCUGUCGCAUUCUGAUUUUGUGAAGGAUUCUGCCAGCUGCGACCUACCGGGGAUUGAUCUAUCUAAGCCGCAGCAUGUGGACAACCCCAUAACCAGUCAUCUCCCACUCACUGAAGAAGGAAAGAAGGUGCUGGACCAAGAAGGAAGAGCUUACUUCGAGUCGGCCAUGGUAGACAUGCUUGGUGUGUACUGGGACGCUCGACUGCCAGCGGCGACUGGUGCCGACGGCCUGCCAAUCAACCGUCUCACAUCGCUGCUGCUCUACAACGGAUCAGUGCAGAAGGCCAAGAUGUUCUUGCGCGUACUGACAGGCUCCUGCUUCACGUACCCAUCCCUGAGCGACUUGUCUUUCUACACAACCGCAUCACCCCACAACGGCAUGCAUACUCCGAUGAUGAAAGCCGUAUCCAUGUUCAAUAUAGCACCCAAGGCAACAACAACAACCGCAACAACAGCAGUAUCAAGCAUCUCCGCGCCAUCGUCCCAACAGCACAGCAACAGCAGCCCCUCCGCGAAGCCCGAAUCGGCAAUUUACGAAGAAGUCGGAGACCGCAGUCCACUGUUGCGUCUAGCUAAGCAGGAUAGUCCCCCGGAGCUGCCCCCGCGACAAAAGGCAAUCCCAGUGGAACGAUCCUUAUCUGUUUUCGACAUCAGCAGUGCAGUGCACGAUGGUGCAGCAGCCGGUACACAACUCAGUGAACGCCAGGAAGCACGUCAACGGCGAUUCAUGAGCGACACCACAACGAAGAAAAGGGCGAAAUCACCAGGUUUCAUCGGCAUGGCCUGGAAGAAGUCCGGCUCGGCAAGCAGCUCAAAGAUGCAGUCGCGCUGCGGCAGUGCUGAGCAGCUGUCCAUGACAAGUCCAUCGCCCCAGGCAGCAGUAGCACCCGCCUAUCCCAACUCAUCUAUGUCCAGCUUCUCCGGAAAGCAGCAGCCAUUCAACCAGAGUGAGGAAAGUCUUCUAGCGUCGCCUCCCAUGGGUCGCAGUCCCAGUUGCAGCAGCCCACUCUUCCUGAGGCCUUCGGACGCACCUAAUAUCUCACCGUGCAAUAUCACCAGACCCCACUAUCAACACUCACGAUCAAACAGCUCGCCAGCUUUCCCGCCGCUUCUGACCACCACAGUAAGCUCAGGUUUUCACACAUCGCCCACCUUGGUCCUAGCUAAUGCGCAGGAGGAGGAUGGCUACCUAGCCCCAGACGAGAUUCGAAGCAAAACGAUGGGUCACACGUCUGGAUUCGCAACACACGAGCAAGGUAGGAGUAGCUUGACCCAGUACAGUGAGCGCAGUACUGCCACUUUGCCAAGGUCACGCGUUGGAGAGAGCAUCGGAGGCACUUUACCGAGAUCAACAUCAGCUGGGUUUGUUGCGCUAAUGGCUAGCCAAGCGAGCAAUGCAGCUGCUUCAGAGCCUAGUCCAGUGCAAGGCGGUCGGCCGAGAAGCAGAAGCUUUGGUGCCAGCCUUGGCCUACAGAUCGGUAAGCCAAAGGCAAAGCGCAAUGACCAAUUUUAUCCUAUCCACUUCGAUCCUACGUCACCCAUUGGCUCUCUUGACCAACACCAGCAGCUGCAGCAGCAGCUGCAGCAGCAGCUUCAGCAGCAGCGGCAGCAGCAGAGUACUUCUGUUGCAGCGCAUCUAGACAUUGCUGGUGACAUGCCCCGAUCAGUCUCUGAGAGCUUGAAGCUUUCCAGAGGUGCGUGUAGUGCAAUGCCGCUACCGCUGGAUCUCGCCGAACUUGUGCGUGGUACUCAACCUGCCGAGAGAGAAAGACGUACUCCUCUUCGCAGGUUAUCACCAGAGGAGACUCUCACCAGCAGCGACAGCGAUGAAGACACUUUCCCACAUGAUAUUGGACGAUUGAGUCAAGGACAGGCAGAGCGAGAUGAUGAAAUCAACGAUCAGGGUGCUUUCUCCAACAUAGACCGGACCCUAAAGCGUCGCGGGAGCUUGGCAGCGUCUGCUUUCCAGCCAGUACGGAUGGAAGAUUUCCACUUUGUGCCCUUAGCAGUAGCCCCAUCCUCUCCACCUGUGUUUGAGAGAGAUGAAGAAGACGAGGAAAGCGAGUUGAACAUGCGAACGGCGGAGCAUCAUCUCGACGACAUGGCACCCAGGCCGGACAGCUGCUUGAGCAUGUCGAAGCAAGUGACCGAUGUAUGACAGACGACUGCUGAUCCACACCUUGCUCUGCACCAUUGCCGAUGAUCUGUACACUUGACCCACAACUAUGCAUGCAAGUCUGUAUAGCUAAUGAUGUGGACUAGACUGCAUAACUGUAUACCAUAUUGAUAAUAACAGCAUCCGCUGAGGAUGGUCAGGAUUUCUAUGACAUAGAGCCAGCAUUGUCGUCCUGAAAUUUGUGGACACUCUCUUCGAUCUUUACAAGUUAGAUAGAGACAUGAUGACUAUCAUGAAGAUGUGUUUGUUCAUGUGUACAGAGCGUAUCUUGAAUGCCUCCUGGCACUUGAUUCAAAGCUAUACUAUUGCUGUCUUCGCAAAGACACACAACAAUGUACAUGCAUUGUGCUUACUGAAGAUCUAUUUAUGAACAUAUUGCUAGCUUUGAAUCAUUCAUGAUGGGUGGUGCCGCUUUUCUCCUUUCUCGCCUCCUGGCACUUGAUUCAAAGCUAUACUAUUGCUGUCUUCGCAAACACACACAGCAUUCCGCUGUAACAAUGUACAGUAGGUAUCGGUUAUAGCGUGGGUGUUUGAAAAACGACUUUCUAUUCUUAUUUCAGAUAUUUCUUACACACAAUAAAUCAAGUGUGACAUAUCAUGUGCAUGUGCGCAGAGGCAGGAAGAUCAUCGUACAUGCAAUGUAGUGUUACUGUGCAUGCGGCUGGUUAUAGUCACAUAGGCUUACCAUGUGGCUAUGCAACAGGCAACAGAAGUUACAUGACCACAACAGUUGAACCUGCAGCACUCUGACCCAACGCGAGUCAGAUCGGAACUGCAUUGGACGGAUGUUAUUACUACAGGCGAUAGAUAUACUUUGUACUAAUCUGGUAUGUUUUGCUUCACAAAGUCCAUUCUUAGGACCGAUAUAUUCUACUGUACGAUAAAAUUGCUUGUAAGAAUAAAUGUGCACUUGAAAUCCAUGUUAUGAUUAUGAAAACAUGAGAGUUCAUUCUUGUAGGCAGUAUAUUCUUUUACACGACCACACUACGCACUGUACAUGCAUUGUGCUUACUGAAGAUCUAUUUACGAACAUAUUGCUAGCUUUGAAUCAUUCAUGAUGGGUGGUGCUUUUCUCCUUUCUCGCCUCCUGGCACUUGAUUCAAAGCUACACUAUUGCUGUCUUCGCAAACACACACAGCAUUCCGCUGUAACAAUGUACAUACAUUGUGCUUACUGAAGAUCUAUUUACGAACAUAUUGCUAGCUUUGAAUUAUUCAUGAUGCCAGAUGGGU